AUGUCGGGACCCUUAGGCAGAAUCAUCGCGCAGGUGGUAGUUAUGGGCGCGGGAAUCGUGUCCAAGGCAUUUGUGCAGGCCUACCAGCAAGCUGUGCACAACGCACGUUCAGGAAACACCGGUGCAAUGGCUGCCAAGACGGUGGUACGCAAGAAUCAAAUGUCCAAGCAGCAGGCGCUCGAGAUCCUUAAUUUCCCCACGAGCGGCGUGACUCCAUCGCCUGAGGAGAUCCAGAAGCAGUUCUCAAGUGACAAGGCAAACAGUAAGUAG